UGAUCGUGUCAUUCCGGCAUUGCAAAGAAGCGGGUGGCGUCUGACACUGGCUUAGAGUAAUUGAUUGAUCACGUAUUUGUUGUGAAGAAGUUUGCGCCUAUAUUACGUUGUGAAGUAAAUCAGUGAAGAAAGAGAACGAUGUCGACAGACUUCUAUAUACGGUACUACGUAGGGCACAAAGGUAAAUUCGGCCACGAAUUUCUCGAGUUCGAAUUCAGGCCAGACGGAAAAUUGAGGUACGCAAACAAUUCGAACUACAAAAACGACACGAUGAUCCGCAAGGAAGCGUACGUUCACAACUGCGUUAUGGAAGAACUGAAGAGGAUAAUACAGGAUUCGGAAAUAAUGCAAGAGGAUGAUUCUCUGUGGCCGCAGCCGGACAGAGUCGGUCGACAAGAAUUGGAAAUUGUCAUCGGGGACGAACACAUUUCAUUCACAACAUCCAAAACUGGUUCGCUUCUAGACGUUAAUCAGUCCAGGGAUCCGGAAGGACUACGAUGCUUCUAUUACCUCGUCCAGGACCUAAAGUGCCUCGUAUUUUCGCUCAUCGGUCUCCACUUCAAAAUAAAACCGAUAUAAACGCUUGCCUUCAUCGUGUAUCCCCACCUCCCCCCCUCCUUCCUCAGUCUCGUUGGUUAUGUGUGCAAGUAAUAAAAUCGAAAUGAAAAUAAUGCAUCUAUUA